UAAAGGACCAGGCAAAGUUUGCUCUAUAUCUAAUUUCUCUCGCUGUCUCAGUUCUAUGAACAUCAUAAGAGGUACACAGCAUCUACAAUGACAACAAACUUUACCGUUGUAGAAGUAAGCAAGUCACCAAGAAACUGUCGGAAAUGUCUGUUUCACGGAGUACUGGUUGCAGCAGGUUCUGAACAUUUGUGUGAAUUUAGGAAUUGCAUGUGUGACUCUUGCAAGAUUGUUACUUUGAGAGAGGCACAUCGACAAUCAGGAGAUGUAGCAAUAAACUCAGGAAGUUCCUUAGCUCCAUCUAUAGCUAACUCAGAUGACCAUGGAAGUUCCAGUCUCAUUUUGAUUGACGGAAAUGAGAGAUCAGUAUUGCCAAAUGUAUUGCCGUGUUACAGACCAAAGUCACAAGUUGAAUCGGAUGAACAUUUAUUGUCCACACUUCGUGACCAGUUAGCAUCAAGUGGGAAGACAAUACAGAGAAUAUCACACAGCCAUCAUGUUGGUGUCAUAGACCAAGUCAGUUUGUUUUUAGAGUCUACACUUGGCACUCUUAUGAGAAAAGAUGAAUCAAAAGAAGAUCAACAUACAAACCACAUAGUCGAAGACCUUCAGAAUGCCAUCAAAAAUCUUAGAAAUCACUUAAAUGGGACUAAGCCAGGAACAUCCCAUCAAUCAUCACCUCAACAAAAUCUAUGUGGGACACCGUCUGAAAAGUCAUCAUCCGAAAAGUUAUCCUCUGAAAAAUCAUUAUCUGAGAAUUCAUCAUUUAAACACGAAGGCCCUUGUAACAAUAAAUCUUAUGAAGAUUUGAAUGUCAAUGUCUCUGGAGCUGAUAUGAAGAUUACUUCAGAAACUGGUUGUCAUGACAAUGAAUCUAACUCAUCAGAUGGAUCAAUAGAUGGAACUUGUUCACCAGAACCUUCUAAACCAGUAGAGGAAAUUACCCAGGAUGCAAUGCGUUCUGAGGAUGAACAGAGUUUAUACCAUAGUAGUAAAGGGCAAAAAAGGAAAAGGGUGGAUGAUGACUGAGUUGAAUGAAUUAGGUCUGGUCAGUAUUUAGGAUGAAUGGAAUAAAAUGUUUUUUGAAUACAAGUCAUUUCAUAAAAUUUGGUAAUAAAAAUAAAAUGCAUCAAUGUAGCUCCUGAUAGAUUGCAUACAAUAAAUAAACAUGCUAGUUCAAGUCAAUGUGCAUUGUGCAAUGUUAUUUUGUUAAUAGGAAAAGAAAAUUAUAGUGGAUGUAUCUUAAAUGUUUCACUCAAUCCUUAUAAAUGAAACCUAAUGUAAAACCAACAUACACAUGAUAAUUCUACAUAACAGUUGAUGUCUCGAAAUAUUUUCUUAGCCACCACCUCCACAUACUGAGCUGCAAGUCAUCUUGCCCACAGUAUUUUCAUGAUUGGUGUAAUUUAUUCAAUGAUGUAAG